GCAAACUUUAUUGCAUGGGAAUAUUGUGCGGACAGACUGACGCAAGACGCAGUAUUUCAGCAUGCAGAUGUCAUUUGUGACAGUGUUUUGCAGCGUAAUAUCUCAAAAUCACUAAUGUGGCAGUUUUUAGUCCCUCUGCGCCUGCAUUCCCCCUCCCUUCGAGUCACCCUCGCCAUACUUCUUUGGGCUGGUCUCCCUAGAAUUGGUGCGUUUCCGUUUUUGCCGUUAAAAACGGGGACUACCACCCUCGUUUUCUCAUUCACUCCUCCCUGAGGCGUUAGCGGCAUGAUGCGGCCGACCGUGUGCGCGGUUGCGGGUUAAAUCACAGAGAGGACGGUCUGACAGCACGGGUGUGGUGCUGGUGCGGACAGAGUCCCAAAUAUUCUUGCAGUGUUCAGAUGCGAAUGCUAUUGAAACCAACAGAUAGACAUCUAGACGUAUAACAAAACAUCGCAGGCACGACUGUCUGAGACGUCAGUGGCGUUCAGAUGUAGAUGUUUCACAAAUUGAUCCGCUGGCUCGUGCCUUCGCGCGAGCUUCCCUCAGCUCCACUGCAGUAUUUCAGUCAAGCGCGUGGGGCCCACGCGUGGACGUACAGAUGCCAUAGCCUAAUUACCGCAAACAAACUUGGAUUUACUGAUCUGCAAAUCCCAUAACAUGUAGCGCCUUCAGAAGCGCAAAGCUUUUUAGGAGGAGAAAUUGCGUAAUACUUGUGAGGGGCGGAAGUAUGAACCAGUUUAAUAUGUUUUUGCCAUCGCACAUGCUUUAUAAAUUAUAUUUGCUUUGAAAUGAUGAGCGCCGCUUCCUGAAUGGGUUGUAAUCUAAUGUUGGCGUAACCAAACAAGUAUUACAAAGAAAAAAGGCGAGAUAGCUAAAUGUAGUCAAAAAAGGACAUAUUUGUGUGUAUGUGUGUUAAAAUCUAAAACCAGAGAGUUAUGGUCAGAUUUUACGGCCUUUAUUCUCCACACGGGAUAGGCCGGCGAGGUUCGUCCUCGUGACAGCUGUGCAGCUCCCCUCCCCUCGAUGUACAGUGCCAGAGGCCGAGCGUUCGCUUUCCAUAUCAUUUCGUUGAAGGCAUCAAAUACGGAAAAGUCAUGUUUCAUUGAGGCAGCAUCUGUGAUUUUUUUCACCUAGCCUUGAGGACAAGCGUGAGCUCGCGCUGAACGGUGCUGAACGGACAGCGCCACUAAGACUCAUUCGACGGCAUCUAGAAGACAGCGUACUUGUCUCGGCUUCCUAAAAACAUACUUAUACAAUUAUUACAGCUUGAUAAGGAAUACCUUUAAGAUGUUACGGGAACGUACAGUUUACCAGAGAUGAGAGCACGCAACGACUUUGCUUGAAGGCACAGCUGGCUGUCCUGAAUGGCUUCUAAAUAAAGAGGACUCUGCUGCAGGAUGACAAUAUGGCUGCGCAGCUGCUCGCACCUCCAGGCCCCGAUAGCUUCAAGAGGUUCACCCCAGAAUCUUUGGCCAACAUCGAGAAGCGCAUCGCUGAGGAGAAGAAGAAAAAGCCUGUUAAGCCCAGAUCUGACAGCAGUCACCGUGAUGACGAUGAUGAAAACAAACCGAAGCCCAACACUGACUUGGAAGCGGGGAAGAGCGUGCCCUUUAUUUACGGGGACGUGCCCUCUAACAUGUUGGCUGUGCCCCUGGAGGACUUGGACCCCUUCUAUUUGAACCAGAAAACCUUUAUAGUGCUUAACAAAGGAAAAACGAUCUUCCGUUUCAGUGCCACGCCCUCGUUAUAUAUCAUUAGUCCUUUUAACCUAUUCAGGCAAAUAGCAAUUAAAAUUUUGAUACACUCAGUUUUCAGCAUGAUCAUCAUGUGUACAAUUUUGACAAAUUGUGUCUUCAUGACAUUCAGCAAUCCUCCAGAAUGGUCCAAACAAGUAGAAUACACCUUCACAGGAAUCUACACUUUCGAGUCACUCACAAAGAUUGUGGCUCGAGGUUUCUGUAUAGACGGCUUUACCUUCCUCAGAGACCCUUGGAACUGGCUGGAUUUUAUGGUCAUCUCUAUGGCAUAUGUAACAGAGUUUGUGGACCUCGGGAAUGUGUCAGCCCUGAGAACCUUCAGGGUUCUACGAGCUCUCAAAACUAUUUCUGUCAUACCAGGGCUGAAAACCAUUGUGGGUGCUCUGAUCCAGUCAGUGAAGAAGCUUUCAGAUGUGAUGAUUCUGACUGUGUUCUGUCUGAGUGUAUUUGCCCUCAUCGGUCUACAGUUGUUCAUGGGAAAUCUUCGGCAAAAGUGUGUCAUCUGGCCAUACAAUCACACUGAAUCCUACCUGGCCAAUGGAAGCAGGGGCUUUGACUUCAAUGAAUACAUCAUGAAUGAGAAAAACUUCUACUUUGUGCCAGGCAUGCUGGAUGCACUGCUAUGUGGAAACAGCUCAGAUGCAGGACGGUGUCCGGAGGGCUAUACUUGCAUGAAGGCUGGACGCAACCCAAACUACGGCUACACUAGCUUUGACUCCUUUGGUUGGGCUUUUCUUGCUCUCUUCCGACUCAUGACACAAGACUUCUGGGAGAAUCUGUACCAACUGACUCUCAGAGCUGCUGGGAAGACGUAUAUGAUCUUCUUUGUACUGGUGAUUUUUGUGGGAUCGUUCUACCUGGUGAAUCUGAUCUUGGCUGUGGUGGCCAUGGCUUAUGAAGAACAGAACCAGGCCACCAUGGAGGAGGCAGAACAGAAGGAGGCUGAGUUUAAAGCCAUGCUGGAACAGCUGAAAAAACAACAGGAGGAGGCACAGGCCAAUGCUAUGGCAACCUCGGCAGGUACAGUAUCUGAGGAUGCAGCAGAGGAUGACGGAGGAGGGCAUCUGUCCCGCAGUUCCUCUGAGGCGUCCAAGCUGAGCUCCAAGAGUGCCAAGGAGCGAAGGAACAGAAAGAAAAAGUGGAGGAAAGAACAGGAGGAGAAAGGUGAUAGCGAGAAGGUGGUAAAGUCAGAAUCCGAUGACGGCAGCAAGAGAAGCCGCUUCCGUUUCAGAGACAACAGGCUUGGGCGGAAGGCCUCAAUCAUGAACCAGUCCCUGUUGAGCAUCCCUGGCUCGCCAUUCAUGUCCCGCCGCAGCAGUAUAUUCAGCUUCAAGGGCUCGGAGAACGAGUUCGCAGAUGACGAGCACAGCACGGUCGAGGAGAGCGAAGACCGCCGCGGCUCCCUCUUUGUCCCGUACAGGCGCAGCAGCUACAGCGGCUACAGCCAGGGUUCCUCACGCCUUAACCCACUGGCACCCCACCUAGGCUGCAAGAGAAACAGCACGGUGGACUGCAAUGGGGUGGUGUCUCUGAUCACACCUGGGCCUGGCCGGCUACUGCCCGAGGUGAAAAUAGAUAAGGCAGCUUCUGAUGACAGUACCACAGAGGUAGAGGGAAAGAGAAAGCACUCAGGUUCUCUUAUGGUGUCGGUGGACCAGCUCAAUACUUCCUUUAGUCGGAAAGAGCGAGCCAACAGUGCUAUGACUGUUGUCACCAACACGCUGGUGGAAGAGCUGGAGGAGUCUCAGAGAAAAUGUCCGCCCUGCUGGUAUAAGUUUGCCAACACAUUCUUGAUAUGGGAGUGCUGUCCACUGUGGCUGAAGAUAAAAGAGAUAGUGAACCUCAUAGUGAUGGAUCCGUUUGUAGACCUGGCUAUCACUAUAUGUAUUGUGCUGAAUACAGUCUUCAUGGCCAUGGAGCAUUAUCCCAUGUCAACAGCCUUUGAAGAGGUGCUUUAUGUUGGAAACCUGGUGUUCACAGGUAUCUUUACAGCUGAAAUGUUUGCCAAGCUGGUAGCCAUGGAUCCAUACUACUACUUCCAGGAGGGCUGGAAUAUCUUUGAUGGCUUCAUUGUGAGCCUGAGUUUGGUGGAGCUGGGGCUGGCUGAUGUAGAAGGGCUGUCUGUGCUCAGAUCCUUCAGAUUGCUGAGGGUGUUUAAGCUGGCUAAAUCAUGGCCCACUCUGAACAUGCUGAUCAAGAUCAUUGGUAACUCUGUGGGAGCUUUGGGAAACCUGACCCUGGUGCUGGCCAUCAUCGUCUUCAUCUUUGCUGUGGUGGGCAUGCAGCUGUUUGGGAAGAGCUAUAAAGACUGUGUGUGUAAGAUUGCCGCAGAGACCUGCAAGCUUCCCCGCUGGCAUAUGAAUGACUUUUUCCACUCCUUCCUUAUUGUGUUCCGGGUGCUGUGUGGAGAAUGGAUUGAAACCAUGUGGGACUGUAUGGAGGUGGCUGGACAAACAAUGUGUCUCACUGUAUUCAUGAUGGUGAUGGUCAUUGGAAACUUGGUGGUGCUGAACCUGUUCUUGGCCUUACUGCUCAGCUCCUUCAGUGCUGAUAAUCUGGCAGCCACAGAUGAUGACGGUGAGCUGAACAACCUGCAGAUUUCAGUAAUCCGCAUUAAGAAGGGUAUCGCUUGGUUCAAAAUUCACGUACGUCUCCUGGUGGCCCACAUCCUGAAGAAGAAACCUUUGGAAGACGAAGACAAACCUCUUGACGACAUGUAUGACAAAAAACUCAACAUCAUAGGUAACCACACCGGUGUUGACAUCAAAUGUGGUGAUCUGAACUACCCCAAGAACGGUAAUGGCACCACAAGCGGCAUUGGUAGCAGCGUAGGAAAGUACAUGAUUGAUGAGGAGCCCAUGUCCUUCAUACACAACCCCAACCUAACGGUACGGGUUCCCAUCGCUGUGGGAGAGUCAGACUUUGAGAACCUCAACACAGAGGACUUCAGCAGUGAGUCGGAUCAGGAAAAUAGCAAAGAUCUGGAUGACACCAGCUCUUCAGAGGGAAGCACUAUCGACAUAAAGCCUGAUGAGGAGGAGAUGGCUGUAGUGGAGGUCGUGGAGGAGUACUUAGACCCAGAGGCCUGCUGGACUGAUGCCUGUGUGGCACGGUACAAAUGCUGUGACGUGCCUAUCACUGAGGGCUGGGGAAAGUACUGGUGGUUCCUGAGGAAAACUUGCUACCUCAUCGUUGAACACAACUGGUUUGAAACACUCAUCAUUUUCAUGAUUCUGCUCAGCUCUGGAGCUCUGGCAUUUGAGGAUGUAUACAUUGAACAGAGGAAAACCAUCCAGAUCAUUCUAGAAUAUGCAGACAGAGUCUUCACAUACAUCUUCAUCCUGGAAAUGUUGCUGAAAUGGGUAGCCUAUGGCUUUGUCAAAUACUUCACCAAUGCAUGGUGCUGGCUGGACUUCUUCAUUGUGGAUGUGUCUAUAGUCAGCCUUAUAGCUAAUGCGCUGGGCUACUCAGACUUGGGCCCCAUAAAGUCCCUGAGGACUUUGAGGGCUCUCAGGCCCCUGAGAGCUUUGUCCCGGUUUGAGGGCAUGAGGGUUGUCGUGAAUGCUUUGGUGGGUGCCAUUCCCUCCAUUAUGAAUGUGCUGUUGGUGUGUUUGAUCUUCUGGUUGAUCUUCAGUAUUAUGGGUGUCAACCUGUUCGCUGGGAAGUACUAUUACUGUUUCAAUGAGACAUCAGAAGAGUAUUUUAAAACUGACAUUGUCAACAACAAGACAGAAUGUUUGGCACUCAUCAAUGCGAGCUACGAAGAGGUUCGCUGGAAGAAUGUGAAGAUCAACUUUGAUAAUGUGGGUGCAGGUUACCUGGCACUCUUGCAAGUGGCCACAUUCAAAGGCUGGAUGGACAUCAUGUAUGCUGCUGUGGAUUCCAGAAGGGUUGAGGACCAACCUAUCUAUGAGGACAACAUCUACAUGUAUAUAUAUUUUGUCAUCUUCAUAAUCUUUGGGUCCUUCUUCACUCUGAAUCUCUUCAUUGGUGUCAUAAUUGACAACUUUAACCAACAGAAGAAAAAGUUUGGAGGUCAGGAUAUCUUCAUGACUGAAGAACAGAAAAAGUACUACAAUGCUAUGAAGAAACUGGGCUCAAAGAAACCCCAGAAACCCAUCCCUAGACCUUUGAACAAAAUCCAGGGGAUGGUAUUUGACUUUGUCACUCAGCAGGCCUUUGACAUUUCCAUAAUGAUCCUCAUCUGUCUUAACAUGGUAACCAUGAUGGUGGAAACUGAUGAUCAGUCAGAAGAGACAGAGAACAUUUUGUACUGGGUAAACUUCAUAUUCAUUGUAGCCUUCACUGGCGAGUUCGUCUUGAAACUCUUUGCUCUACGACACUACUAUUUCACCAAUGGUUGGAACGUCUUUGACUGCGUUGUCGUCAUUCUGUCCAUUGUGGGUAUGUUCCUUGCAGACCUCAUUGAGAAGUACUUUGUGUCACCAACUUUGUUCAGGGUCAUCCGUCUGGCUCGAAUUGGCCGUAUUCUGCGUCUAAUCAAAGGAGCCAAGGGCAUCCGGACAUUAUUGUUCGCUUUGAUGAUGUCACUUCCUGCUCUGUUCAACAUCGGCCUGUUGCUUUUCCUAGUCAUGUUCAUCUUCUCCAUCUUUGGCAUGUCUAAUUUUGCCUAUGUGAAACGAGAAGUAGGAAUUGAUGACAUGUACAACUUUGAAACUUUUGGCAACAGCAUGAUCUGUCUAUUCAUGAUCACCACAUCAGCUGGAUGGGAUGGCCUCUUGGCUCCUAUCUUGAACUAUCCGCCUGACUGUGACCCCAAUAAGGAGAACCCAGGAACCACAGUCAAGGGCAACUGUGGCAAUCCCUCAGUGGGAAUCUUCUUCUUUGUAAUGUACAUUAUUGUGUCCUUCCUGAUUGUGGUGAACAUGUACAUCGCUAUCAUCUUGGAGAACUUCAGUGUUGCCACCGAGGAGAGUGCUGAUCCACUGUGCGAAGACGACUUUGAGUCCUUCUAUGAAAUCUGGGAGAAGUUCGACCCAGACGCGUCGCAGUUCAUCACCUUCGCCAAGCUGCCAGACUUUGCAGAUACAUUAGAACAUCCUCUCCGUGUGCCAAAGCCAAACAUCAUCGAGCUGAUAGCCAUGGACAUGCCCAUGGUGAGUGGCGACCGCAUUCACUGCUUGGAUAUUCUGUUCGCCUUUACCAAGCGUGUGCUGGGUGACAGCGGCGACCUGGACAUGAUGCGACAGCAAAUGGAGGAGCGCUUUGUGGCAGCGAAUCCCUCUAAGGUGUCAUACGAGCCCAUCACUACCACGCUGCGGCGCAAGCAGGAGGAGGUGUCAGCCAUCAUCAUUCAGAGGGCGUACCGAGCCCACCUGGCACGCAGAGGCUUCAUCUGCAAACGCAGGCCUGCCAACAACAAACUGGAGAAUGGAGGGACCAAUCAGGAGAAGAAAGAGGGCACGCCUUCCACUGCGUCCCUGCCAUCCUAUGACAGUGUAACCAAGCCCGAGAAGGAGAAAGAGGAUGACAACAAUGAAGGCAAGGGCCGCAAGGAGAAGGGCCGAAACCAAAAAGACGUCAGGGAAUCCAAGUGUUAAGACUGCUGCGGUAACACUCGUGGACAGCGAUAUUGAUCAUGACGAUAUUAUAACAAAAAGUCAUUUCAAGUGAAUGGAAACCCUGAAUCAAACUAUACAGAUGUACAGAUUACUUUCAUUUAAGAGGAAUUCAAAAACAAAGCCGAAGUAACACGACAAAAAAUUGUUUACAAACGUAACUGGUGUAUGGAGGCGAAGAAAAAUGUUGGGCUUCCUCAAAGCUUGAAGACACUUACAAGUUAAACCAAACAUAAUCAGCUUCCUGUGUGACACUGUUGCAUCAAGACUCGAUUUAAACAGAAUCAAAUAUGAAUUUAAAAGACCGAUACUUGAUCAAGUGUAUUUUAGAGGGCUAUAUUGCGCUUCAGUAUGGAACUCUUCACCGAGCAGGAAUGGAUAAUCCAAGGGAGAACUAGGAUCGAAUCCCAUGCUUCUGAACUGCGUCGGUGAACUUUCCAUGCAGAAAACAAACACUGCUAUUCAUGAAUGGAUCAGCUUCCCGAAGCGGAUAGCAAAGGAGUCUGCUCUGUUUCAUUUCAUAUGCGUGUAAGAACUCAACACUACUGUGAGAGUGAGCAGGAUAGACAUGAGUGGGAAACAAAAACAAGAGUCUGGCUGAUUCCAACGGUCUCUUUGCGUUUGUUAGCAUCGAAUAUAUUUUACAUGGUCUUUACAUUAUUUGAGCUGCAAAAAGGAGAAAACAGGAGGAAAAAUACGAAUUUAACAUUCUGCCCAUGUCACCCUCAGUAACUGUGUCAUGAUAACUUUGUUAUACCUGCAUCAAAAGG